CAUGUGGUACAUCCAGGCUCAGCGGAACGCCAAAAUACGUGAGCUCAGCACGCAGCUCACCUUUAUCAACAACCAGCUGGACGUCUUCAAGAAGCACAACGAGGAGCUGAAACGCCUGCACAAGGAGGCCCAAGCCCAGUUCUGGUGGGCUAUUCAAGUUGAGGAUAUGGACAAGCCUCAGCUUGAGAAAUUUAGGGCGACAUUGUAUGAUGUCAAGAAGCAUGUCACUAGCUACAGGGCUACUGAUGUUACCAACCCACCACCUCAUCAGAUUUUUGAUGAUGUCGGUGGUCCCUCCAACGCCAUGGUCCCUGUCCACCACCCACCUUUGCCACCUGAUCAAGCGUUUCAACAACAGUUUUUUCCCGGGCCCAUGUCGCAGGCUCAUCACUUGUUUGACUUCAACAACAUGGGAGGGUAUGGAGGACCACCUGGGUUCUUCUGA